CCACUCUCCAAACCUGGUGAAAUUUCCGUGAUACCGGUCCUCAACCCCGAGCCUCAUUUACCCUUCGCCUCCACAACUACCACUCCCACCCCGAACGAAACGCCACACCAAGUGCUUCCAUCCGCCCCAUCCACGAUAUCGCUCUUUCUCACGUCGAACAGACCGAAAACACUGCCAACGUGCCUCCUGAUCUUAAUACGAGAAGUUCGCAGGGCCUGUCCCUUGCUCCAGGUCGGCGACGAUGGUUAAUAAGGGCAAUGCGCAACCCGGCGUUUACAGCGCCACAUACAGUGGUAUUCCAGUCUACGAGUUUCAAUUCGGAGAUGACCUCAAGGAACAUGUCAUGCGACGCCGCCAAGAUGACUGGAUCAACGCAACGCACAUCCUAAAGGCCGCUGGCUUCGACAAGCCCGCCCGAACACGCAUUCUUGAGCGAGAAGUACAAAAAGAAAAGCACGAAAAGAUCCAGGGUGGAUAUGGAAAGUACCAGGGCACAUGGAUCCCUCUCGACAAGGGCGUCGCCCUCGCCCAGCGAAACAACAUCUAUGACCGCCUGCGGCUCAUCUUCGAGUAUACCCCAGGCGAACAGAGUCCGCCCCCCGCCCCGCGACACACGAGCAAGCCGAAAGCACCAAAGAAACCCGCUGUGCCCAAAUGGCCCGCCACGAACUUCCAACAACAGCAGCAGCAGGCACCACAACAAUCCCAGCCCCCUGCCAACCAGAUGCAAGGCGCGCCGCCGCCAGAAGAGUACGAGGUCGGCGACUCGAUGAUGAAUGACGAUGAUACCCCUGACAACUUGACCGUUGCCUCCGCCUCAUACAUGGGUGAAGAUGACCGCUAUGACAUGUCCCACCAGUCGGGCCACAGAAAGAGGAAGAGGGAAGAGGCCAUCCAGGACUUGACGCAGCAACAGCACUCCGUCUACGGAGACGAGCUUCUCGACUACUUCCUCCUCUCUAGGAAUGAAAAACCAGCAUACCGGCCUGAGCCGCCGCCAAACUUCCAACCGAAUUGGAUCAUCGACUCGGAGGAGCACACGGCGCUUCACUGGGCAUCAGCUAUGGGCGACGUGGACGUCAUCAAGCAGCUUCGGCGCUUCGGUGCCAGCCUGAAUGUGCAGAACGUGAGAGGGGAGACUCCCUUUAUGCGGGCUGUGCAUUUCACCAACUGCUACGAAAAGCAAACGUUCCCUCAGGUGAUGAAGGAGCUUUUCGAGACUGUCGAUGCGCGAGAUGCGACAGGGAGCACGGUGAUCCAUCAUGCGGCAGUAAUGAAGAAUGGCCGGGUUGUCAGCCACUCGUGUUCAAGAUAUUACUUGGACAAUAUCCUAAACAAACUACAAGAGACGCAUGAACCUGCCUAUGUGCAGCAGCUCAUCGAUGCGCAAGAUGAGCAAGGCAAUACUGCCCUUCAUCUGGCGGCAGAACGCAACGCGAGGAAAUGCAUCAGGGCACUCCUCGGGCGGCAGGCCUCCACUAGCAUUCCUAAUAACGAGGGUGUGCGGGCGGAAGACCUCAUCGCCCAACUCAACGCCACAAAGAAGGAGCGCGGCCCUCAGCGGUCAUCGUCACCCUUUGCGCCCGAUUCUCAGCGCCACGUCUCUUUCCGUGACGCGGUGCCUGAACGUAUGACAACGAGCAAGAAGCUCGGCCUGUCAUCCUUCAACUCAGAGGCCGCAAAUACGGUGCAGUCGCGCAUCACACCGCUCAUUAUUGAAAAGUUUCAAGAUCUCGCGGGCAGUUACGACGAGGAACUCCGCGAAAAGGAUCAGGCGGAGAAGGAAGCCCGCCGUAUUCUCUCCAAUACGCAAGCUGAGCUCGCCGCUGUACACCAGCACAUGGCCGAGCUUGAGGCUCAGCUUGAAGCAGACGACGGCGCAGCGCAAAUCAUCAGCGAGGCCAACCGCGCCAAGCAUCAAGUCAUGUCCCUCAUCACACAUCAGAACCGCCUGCAUGUACAGCAGGCCGUGGACCAGGAGAUUAACAUGCUCAACGGUGAUGCCAACGAGGCCUCGUACGAGGACCGCCUCGAGCUGGCGCGGCAGCUGCAGGCCAUGCUCUCGGAGCAGAGACAGUCAGAGUCUGACUACGUCGAGGCGCUCAGCAUGGUUGGCACGGGCGAGAACAUUGACAAGUACCGCCGGCUCCUGCGCAAGUGCCUGCCCCCAGCUGACGCGGAGAACCUGGACGAGAAUCUCGACAACCUCAUCGAGAUGAUGGAAGAGGAUCGUGACCUGCCGGGCGACGGCAGCGGCCUCGAGCCCAUGGAUGUUGGUAUGGGCGGUAUCGGGAUCGGUAUUGGCAUGUGACUACAUGCCACGUAUCUCGAGCAAUCACCGGUUGCAUAAGUUGUAAGAUGGAGAGAUUUCAAGGGGCGUUGGUCUCUAUUCUACGAAAACUUCCCUAUUUGGGAGGUUGAUCUUUGUCAGAUCCAGACAACGUUUCCGUCCGUAAGACGAUACGAGACCACAUCUCGACUUGUAAAUGAGGAAGCAUGGUUGUUGGUGAAUGGGCGGGCUUUUUUCAUUUCCAAAAAUUCAAAAGGGGUUCAGGAUUCGCUGGUGUCUUUUUUGGUGGCUCAGGCAGGAUAGGGCAGGACCGGGCAGGCAAAGCAGGCUUACUUGUUUAUUGUUAUUUGUCGCGAUUUUGAUUACACUUUGGACUGGCGUUUGAACGUUGGCGAGGGGAGG